UAGCCGAGCUACUCCGGUCUCUUUUUCUGCUAUAGUAGUAUCUCUUGCUUGUCACAGGAGACAACAAUCUUGGGAACAAGCUGUGGUGGUGGCGCGUAGGAUGGGAGAGUCUAGGAGCAGUGCAGGGCAGAAUCCUCAUCGUGUUCUUGGCUAUGGCUUCCAUGGCAGCUUUGCCAACUCCAUGCCUUCUGCAAACCUCUUGCAAGGCGAGCAAGGAGGAGGUGCUGCUACCUAUUUUGGAGAACUAGAGGAGGCUCUGGCUCAUCAGGUUGCCACACUCAGGAGAGCUCAACAAACUGCAAGCACCACCACCACCUCCACUGCUCACCAUGGACACACCACGCCCUUCUCCACUGCUGCCACUGCCGCUGCUACAGCAACAGCUAGGCCUCCUCCUACACUGGACAUCUUCCCAUCCUGGCCUAUGGGCUCUCUUCUUACACCAAAGGAGGGCUGUUCAAAUGUGACGGCGGACACAACGGACUCUGCGAGCAGCAGCAAGAACAACAGCGAUCAGAAGACCUCAUCAGAUAAGCACGGUGCAGUAGCAGGCAUGGCAAGCCAGCUUGAUCAAAUUCCACAGCAGCAGAAGAAGAAGAUGGCAGCAAAUUCUACUCACAGUGACAGGAUGACAAAGGCACUUGAUCCAAAGAUAAUGAGAAGAUUAGCCCAGAACCGAGAGGCAGCACGCAAGAGCCGGCUGAGAAAGAAGGCUUACAUUCAGCAGCUUGAGAGCAGCAAGUUGAAGCUGGCUCAGAUGGAGCAGGAUCUUGAGAGAGCUCGUUCCCAGGGCCUCGUGCUGGGAGGAUCACCAGGUGGAAAUGUCAGCUCAGGAGCAGCAGUGUUCGACGGCGAGUACGGGCGGUGGCUGGACGACGGCAGCCGGCGGAUGGCGGAGCUGCACGGUGGGCUGCACGCCCACCUGCCGGACGGCGACCUGAGGGCCAUCGUCGACGACGCCUUGGCGCACUACGACGAGCUCUUCCGCCUCCGGGCAGCCGCCGCCAAGGCCGACGUAUUCCACCUCAUCACCGGCACGUGGGCCACCCCCGCCGAGCGCUGCUUCCUCUGGAUCGGCGGCUUCCGGCCUUCCGAUCUGCUCAAGACAGUGGCACCCCAGCUUGAUCCCCUGACUGAGCAGCAAGUGGUUGGCAUCUACAGCCUUCAGCAGUCAUCACAGCAGGCAGAGGAAGCUCUCUCACAGGGACUGGAGCAGCUGCAUCAGUCACUAGCUGAGACCGUCGCCAAUGGCGGCUCCGUGAUCGACGAAGCCAGCCUUGGGAGCUUCAUGGGAUACAUGGCCCUUGCCCUAGGCAAGCUGUCCAACCUUGAAGGCUUUGUCAUACAGGCUGACAACUUGAGGCAACAGACUCUUCAUCAGAUGCACAGAAUUCUGACAAUUAGGCAGGCAGCUCGAUGUUUCUUGGCAAUUGGCGAGUACCAUAACCGCCUCCGUGCCCUGAGCUCCCUCUGGGCUUCUCGUCCCCAAGAGAUAUUGGUGGCAGAUGAAAGCAACUGUGGAGAGAUAAGCAUAGCAGCACAACCAUCUGAAAGCCAAUUUUCAGCUUUCUGAUUUACAUGGACUUUGGGAACUAACCUUCAAGUAGGAGCAGAAGCAAGCAAAAUUGGGAACAAGUUUUGGAUGUAAUCUGACUGAAAUAUGGGAAACACUGAUAUAAGCUGGGAACAAAGCAAGCUCCAGAACUAGGAAGGUUUCUCAGAACUCAGAUUGCAUAGUACUCACAUGACAAUUUGCCUGCGAUGUCAAAUGGCUUAAUGUCCUGUCCAGUGAAAACAGGAAAGCGGUCAGCUAGAACUUGUUCAAAUAUUACUUAUUUAUGUGAUCUCAUGGUAAGGGAUUUUUUUUUUCUGUGAAGCCUUCAUUUUGAAAAGGGUGCAUUCUAAUGA